AUUGAGCUGCCUACUCAAUGCCAAGCCCUAUGUGAGGCUCGGUAUACAACGAUGAACAAAGAGGAUGUGCAGAGCUCAUUCAUCCCCAUGUCCCAGCCCCUAGCAGGAAGGGGGGCAGAAUGGAUGGUCAAGACGUGAAGACAUGUUUGUGCAGGGGCACCUGAGGAAGCCCAGAGAGGUGCACUGACUUCCCCAAGGCCACACAGCAAACGUGGGACAAAACCAAGGUUGUAGGCACCUGACAAGGACUCUCCAACGAGAGGGACCAUAGGCACACAUCGCCCAGGGUGGAACCAGGGGUAGGUUGGGAGAGACACCAAGGGAGCCUGUCUCAUCCGCUCCUUCCUGAGGGAAGAAAUCUUCUAUUCCAACACCUCCACCCCAAUCCCAACUCCCUUCUCAAGAUGGGGGAGGGGGCUGAUCCUUAGCAAGGGGUAGAGGCUCAAAGAGGAAAAAAGAAUGGAGAGAGGAUGGGGGAUUCAAUGAGAGGGUGGGGUCCUCAGUAAGAGAUAAGGGCCCUUGUAGGGACUCAGUGAGAUAGGUGAGGCUCAGUGAUGGGUGGGGGCCCAGAGAGAAGGUGGGGAUGAAGUCUAUGAAGAGGGUGGGGGCUCAGGAGGAGAUGGACAUUUGUAUACUGGGGUGAGGGCUCCAUGAGGGGAAUGAGACCUGGAGGGGGGCGCGGAGGGUACAGUGAGGAGAUGAAGGCUCCCUGAGGGAAGGGUCUUCAGUGAGAGGGAGUGCUUCGAGAUUCGGGUGAGGAGUUUGAGGGGGCUGCAUGAGGCCUGUGGUCCAGGGAGGUUGUGGGGUCUGUGCGAGGGGCCUGGAGACUCAGACAGAGAACGGAACUCUGGAAGGGGACAGGGCUCGCGAUCCUGCAGGGGUCCGCAAUCUGCAGAGCUACUCCUUGGGGGGGCCCUUCCACUCCCGACUGCGGCGCAGGCGCGACCGAACCGGCUUUUGCUCUGCUCGCGCUCCUGCUCCCGCUCAGCUGAGACCGCAGGCGGAGAGGAAUCCAAGAUGCCAAGCUAUGACCGUUCCUGUGGAUGUAGCCGGGGCCCCAACGUGGAAGACGGCAAGUGGUAUGGGGUCCGUUCCUAUUUGCACCUCUUCUACGAGGACUGUGCAGGUACCGCCCUCAGCGAUGACCCCGAGGGGCCUCCUGUUCUGUGUCCCCGUCGACCCUGGCCCUCACUGUGCUGGAAGAUCAGCCUGUCCUCGGGUACCCUGCUUCUGCUGCUGGGUGUGGCAGCCCUGACCACAGGCUAUGCGGUGCCCCCGAAGCUGGAGGGUAUCGGAGAGGGCGAGUUCCUGGUGCUGGAUCAGCGGGCAGCCGACUACAACCAGGCUCUAGGCACGUGCCGCCUGGCAGGCACAGCGCUCUGCGUGGCGGCCGGCGUCCUGCUGGCCAUCUGCCUGUUCUGGGCCAUGACCGGCUGGCUGAGCCAGGACAGCAAGGCAGAAGCCUUGGACACGGAAGCUGACAGCCACGUGGAGGUCUUCGGAGACGAGUCGGAGCAGCAGCUGUCUCCCAUCUUCCGCGAUGUCGGUGGCCAGGCUUGGUUCUCGCCGCCUGCCAGCCCCUUUGGGAAAUCCUCUGUGCAGACCAUCCAGCCCAAGUGGGACUCCUGAGCUGUCCACACGGCCAAAGGAGGCACCGGGCCCAGAGUCUGGACCCUUCCUCCUCCCACCACACCCCACCCUCCCAUUGUCUCCUUAACUUCUCCCUGUCAGCAGGGACCCCCCUUUCUACGCUGCCAGAAGGCUCAACUCCAGGUCAGAAAGCCUGGAGCUCACAUCCUCAUGCCCAUUCCCAGGGAAUAGGGCCCCAGCCCGUUCCAGAUGCCAAUCUUCCCCAAGUCCACUCAAAACUUCCCAGCCACCCUCCUUCCCCAGUCCCUUCAGGGGCAGGAAGCGUCUCCCCCAACCUGUCCUUACCCUUUCCUCUCUGGGACCUUGGCCAAACCCCUACCCUUUCGAACCACAUUCCUGCUUCUGUGUUAUAAGGGGUUUGGACCAGAUUCUUGAGUUCUAUGACUUUCCUAUUCUCCCUUGAUGUAAGUGUUACCCUCUAUAGGCAAAAAUGGGUGGGGUGGCAGGGUCAUUCUCUUCCCUUGACCCCCACCCUCUGUCAGCUGCACCAGGAUGCCUCAGGACGAGUCAAAGAUGCUCACUGGGCUUCCUGUCCAGGAUGGCACAAAACCAUUUAGCCCCUAGGGUAUGUUUUCUUCAUGCAUUUUGCCAUCUGGGCCCCUCUGUCCUCCCCAUGCUGGGCUAGCACUAGCCCCAGUGCACAGAUGAGGCGGCUGGCCGAGGCUGGCAGUCUGCAGGAACAGCGACUCACAUCUGGUGACUCCUCCUGGGCCAGCUUUUAAAAAAAAUUAUUUUUAUUUUUAUUUAUUGAUUUGAGAGAGAGAGGAAAGGAGAGAAUCAUUGAUUUGCUGUUCCACUUAUUUAUGCAUUCAUUGAUUGAUUCUUGUAUGUGCCCUGAUCACAGACAGAACCCACAACUCUGGCGUAUUGGGACAAGGAUCUAACGGUCCAACCAGCCAAGCUGCCCUCCCAGGGCUGGGCCAGCUCUUGUUCUGCAGCUGAAGCAGGGCCCUGCACCUUCCUGGCUUUCACAGGACCCGCAGGGGCUGAGGCCAGGCUUGGCCUAGGGAGACUAGCUGGAAGCCUGAUGAUCCCAAGUGGCUCAGAAAAUACUUUGAGCAUGUACUUAAAUGGUCUCUAUGAGCUAGGAAAGCAGACCUAGGAUGGCUUUGUCCCUCCAAGUACCCCCAUCCAGAAACAAUCACCCACAGGUGACGCAUGAGCCUCAUCCUCUACCACUAGGGGGCGCUCCAAGAUAGCGGAAAAGAGCUGUCCAUGCCACACCCCUACUCCCGGGCUCAGUGUCUCCCCAGCCUUGAGGGGCUUCUUUGGGUGGGGCGGGCGGGUGUCCCUGGGUCCUCUCCCACCAGGCAGGCCCUACUGCCCUUGUGCCCCAGGGCACCUCCCCAUUCCUCACCUCUUCCAUCCCACCUUCCCAUUCAAUAAACAGCUGGGGUGGAUACUGA